AUGUCGGGUUCGAGUUCAUCACAAGCAAUGCUACGAUGCGGUGUAGCGGAGGCAGAUUCCACGGGACGAUAUGAAAGGUACCAUAUGAGCAUAUCAAACCCCCACCCCAUGAAAAUAGUUUAUGAAGGAAUUGAUCAACUUACUGGUAUAAAAAUUAAUUGGUGUAAGAUAGUCUUAGGACUUUCAACAGAAGAAGAAGAAACCAGGAAGAAAAAAUUCAAUGAUUAUUGUGAUGAACCUUGGUUGUUACAGUCGUUACAACAUGAAAAUAUAAUAAUAUGCUACAAUUAUUGGCCUGAUGAUACCCAUACCCUGAAUACUGUUCAUAUGAUUACUGAGGCUUUUUCUUCAGAGAAUUUGAGGGAUUACAGUCUGAAAUAUAAUCUUGUUGGUAAUAAGCAAGCAAUCAGGAGAUGGUGUAAACAGAUUCUUUCAGCUUUGGAUUAUCUUCACAGUCAAAACCCGCCAAUUAUGCACCGUGAUGUUAGCCUCGAGAACAUCUUUAUUAAUGGGAAUACAGGCAAGGUUAAGCUAGGAGAGUUUGGUGCCGCAAUAAAGCUUGAAGAGGGUGCUGAUUUACAGGAGUUUGCUGGUGCACCAGAGUACAUGGCACCAGAGAUUUUUCAGUUGGACUAUAAUCAGAAGGCUGACAUAUAUUCUUUCGGGAUGUGCGUGAUUCAGAUGAUGAGUAGGGACAAGAUUUACAGCGAGUGCAGGAAUCGCGUUGAGAUUCAGUCGCGUGUUCAAAGGGGUGUAAAGCCUGAUGCGCUAGAACGAGUGACAGAUACUGAGAUUAGGCGUUUCAUUGAUUUCUGUCUGGCUGGUCAAAAUGACAGACCUGCAGCAUCUGAUCUGUUGAGAAACCCACUUAUUCUAUCAGAGGAUGGUUUUCAAGGCAUACAAACAGGGAAGAGCAGCAGCGGUUCAGCAGAUGCAGAUGAGAGGCAGUGUGAAAUGACUCUGGGAGGAGGAGGAGGAGGAAGCAAGCCUCUUUGGCGUCAGAAGCUGUCAAAAUUGUCGUCGAUCAUGCGCAAGAAGAAAUGA